AUCACGCCCAAAGCCGGUAAAAAGGGGCUGAAAUGCAUCCGCUAAAGCGGCUUGCAUUUAUCUGCAGUCUCAUAGUGGGUGCUUCCCUAACGUAUGUCUGAGACUUGCUAUCGGAGACAGUGGAAGCCGCCACAGCUCGUAUAAAACCAUCACAACUGCAGACCGCUAUUACUGUUUUUUGCCUCCGUUAGUCCAUUGAUUCGCGGAUCAGGGAUUUAUUGCACAGAAGUUCGCUAGCUGAUUUACCCAUCGCUCAAAUGGCAACGAAGAUUGAUAAAGAAGCAUGCAGAGAGUCUUAUAAUAUGGUCCGAGACGACAACAGCGACGUCAAUUGGGUUAUUUUUCAAUACGACCGGCACACUAUUGUUCCUGGCACUCAAGGCACAUCGUACGAUGAUUUUAAACGUGAAUGCACAAAUGACCGCAUAUUAUUUGGGUUUCAUCGGAUCAUCACUGGCGAUGCCAUGAGCAAACGUGCCAAGUUUGCUCUGAUUACUUGGAUUGGAGAUGGAGUUUCUGUACUGCAGAGAGCCAAAGUCAGUACCGAUAAAAGUUUGGUAAAGGAAGUAGUACAGAAUUUUGCGAAGGAGUUUGUCAUCUGCGAGGAACAAGAAUUGGCUGAGGAAUACAUCAAACAGGAACUAGAGAAAACUGGAGGCGCCAAUUACGAUGCUCAACUUGAAUGAAAUAUGAGCAACUUACCAUCUGCUGCUUUGCUCUAGGGUAUGGAGAAAAUGGGAUGACCACAUAGCUGCACCUCCAACCACAGCAACCCCAAGGGACUUGUACUCAUGCAGCAUCGUGAAUGCCCUCCUUAAAUUAGUUCAGAGGUGCAUGUAAGAGCCUUCAGGCCCAGUCAAAAGCUUAUCAAUUUCUGUUGUUUAAAUUGUGAUUGAGUCUUUUCAAAUCGUCCCAGGAAGAGAAUUAUUAUAUUGUUUCAACUUUUCUAUGCAAGAUUCCCAAGGCUUUGUUCUGGAAAAAAAAAGAGUUUGUAGUGGUUGUGGGUGACUGAUGAUAAUGAAGCAUUCUCAAUAAAUGUUUUUUUUUCAAAAAUGGAA